AUGGGUGAACAUGGUAUACAUGUUUUAUUAAAAGUUGUAUUAAAAGGAUGGAUUUACCAUCAAAAUGUUUCUGUGGAUAUCGAAGUCGGAUAUAAUAGAUUGGUUGGAGAAAUCGAUUUAUUUUCACAAGUGAGUGCAAUAUACGUUGAUAGUCAACUUGUAGGUUUCGCAACUGGUGGUAAUUUAGGCAAUGAUUUUCCAGCACCACCAUUUAGUGUCCCAAUUUUACAAAUUGAAAAUAGUGCAGGUAUUACUCCUUUUAAAUUUUUGUACGAACUGGACGACGGUUACGCCUUUGAGGUUCCAAGACCAAACUAUGAUACCUCUUCUCGUAAACGUAAAUUAGAUACCGAUUCAAACACCUUUAAAAUCUUCUUUGACCCUUCAAAACCACCUUUCUUUACUGGUGUAUUUACAUAUGUUGAACCAUCAAUUAAAUCAUUUUCACCAAAUAGCUAUUAUCCAAAUGCCAAUGCAAGAAUAUUGAGAAUUGAAGGUGAACAUUUUAUUGUCAAUCAAUAUGAUACACCUCCCGUUGUGGAAUUGGUUCGUGAUGCCACUGUAAUCACACUGAAAGUCAACAUUGUAAAGGCAACAGAGAUUCAAGCGGUGAUACCCGAUAUCGACCCAAUGGAAACAGGAGAUUAUCUACUCAGGGUCAGAACCUAUACGAAAUUGGAAAUGAUUGCACCAAAUCCAUUUAGUUAUGUCGCUCCGGUAGUUACAUCGAUUCGACCAGAUCACGGUGUUGCAGGACUCUCUCAUAACAUCGUUAUUGAAGGAACUGAUUUCCACGAUAUCUACGGUGCAUCGCUCUCAACCAUCACCGUAGGUGGACAACCAUGCUCCAAUGUUCAAGUCGACAAACUAACCGGUGCACUCAGUUGUGAUACCACUAUAUUCGACCUUGGUGCCGGAUUGGUAGAAUUCCAAGAUGUAAUCAUCUCAAUAGAUAAACAACCUGCUUUCUGUGAUAAGAAAUUUGGAUUAUAUCAUCCAGAAAUUUUCGGAUCAUUACCAGAUAUUGGUAUAAAUGUAGGUGGAACUGAUAUUACUGUAACUGGUAAACAUUUAAUGGAUGUUGUUACAGUUGAUAUCGGUGGUUCCGUAUGUACAGUAGAUCCAACUACAUUACAAGCUAGUUCGUUUGUUUGUAAAACAGCUGCUUUCGAUAUGAGUAAUCCAUUGGGAUCGUCCUAUCAAAUCAAAGCAAACAUUGGUGGUGGUAUCUAUACGUCUUUAUCGUUUUUCAAUUACUAUGAACCAAAGAUCGAUAAUAUCAAUCCCGAUAAGGUAUUGAAUCAAGGUGUAUGGUUGAUCGAGGUUAAAGGAAGUGGAUUCCACAGAGAAACCAACGUUUUUGUCGAUGGAAUACAGUAUUUAACUACACCACUAUCAACUUCCGCCACUCUAUAUAUUAAUUUCGAUUCCAGUAAGCAUCCGGUUGGUGAUAGAACAUUGGUUGUCAAAUCGAAUGGUGGAGAUAGUAAUCCUGUGCUAUUGGAAACUAUUGUACCAUCGAUCACCGCCAUUUCCAAAGAUAAUGGUUUCUUACACUCUUCUUCUCUCGUCACUUUGACAUGUACUAAUUUUCCAAUUGGUUUGUCGGUACUUGUACUUCGUAAGGAAAUACAAGUGUUUGUCGAUAAUAAACAAUGUCAGAGACUACUCCAGAUCAAUGCAAAUCAAUUCACAUGUUUCGUACCGGCUGGAGAUUCUGUUGGUGCCAAAGAAAUUACAUUCGCAAUUAGAAAGAUGGAUUAUAAAUCAACUCUGACCUUUACCUAUAGUGAACCAGCUAUUACCGAUAUGUCACAAACCACCAAUCCACCAAAAGGUGGUGGUGAUCUUAUUAUCGAUGGAACAAAUCUCCAAACUGUAACAGCAAUUAAAUUCGAUGAAAAGGAAAUGGAUUUGACUGGAUGUACUAUUCAACCCGAUCAAAUAACAUGUACAAUUCCACCAUAUACUCCUGGACUUUAUUAUGUAAUUCUGUAUGUGAAAGAUCAUGAAGGUAUAGAACAUGAAUUUUCAACAUUACAUGAAAUAGAGUUUAUUGGUCCAUCGAUUAAUGAAAUCGUUCCGAAGCAAGGAUCGGAAAAGAGAGGUUACACUCUCACCUUGACAGGAAAUGGAUUUGGUAUUAACGCUGGUUUGAUUGCUGUCGAUGUCGGUACUCAGGCAUGUGUGAACAUAGCGAUUGUCAAUGACGAUACCAAAAUAACCUGUGAUAUUCCAGCUAUUAUCAAAGGUGUAUACAAUGUCGAGAUACAUGUACAACCUGAUGCCACUACCGCUGCCGUAGACUCUAUGGAAACCAUUACAUUCACUUCCAAUGCACUGUCAUGUCUUGGUGUACCGGAACCAGAUUCAGGCGAAGGAACAAACAGUCCUGUAGAUUGGUGGUUUAUCUAUAAGCUUGGAUUGAGUAAAAGCAGUUCCUAUUUAUACAUGGAUUCUAAUUCUCAGAGUUUGGUAAAGUUGGAUGACCUUCAAGAUCCCACUGGUGCCAGAGGUCAAGUUAAUUUCAGUCCGAUCGAAGCUACCUUCAAACAAUAUGAAGAUUAUUAUUAUCUAUUCAUCAACGAUCAACCCGAUACAAGAACAAAUGCUGGUGGUCGUGGAAAUUCAAAAUUCACUAAUACCGUUGGCAAUGGACACGUCAAAGGUUUCGUGAUAUUCGAAGAUGAAGAUCCCACUGGAAAAGUGAAUGGAAUACAUGUACAACAUUCAAAUCCUGCUUUUCCAUCCUAUCAAGCGGAUGGAUUUUCAUAUAAUCAUCCAGCUCAGCUCAUUAAAUUCCUUGGAAAACCAGACAAGAGUCAACAUUUCUUUUGUUAUUCUUUUAAUCAUUUGGAGGAUAUUGCUAAAUAUUUGAUUAGGAACGAUGCUCAUCUCCUUUCGAAUAGAAAAGUAUUCCCCGGUAUGGAUACAUACGACCAGAAUCAACAGAACCGAUAUCCAUAUUUCUAUGACUUUAUCGCUUACUAUGAAGGAUUUCCGGCUAGAGUUCCACUCGCAGCGUCACCAGUUCAAAAGACACAAAAGGAUUUAAUUGCCGAUUGUGACGCAAUCGUUGCCAACACACUAAAUCUUGAGAAUACAUGCUGGUGGAAGUCAGCGGCAACCGUUAUCGGUGGUGGUUUGAAUGCCGUCUAUUUCAUGAAAAGUGGUACCGGCUUUGAUGAUAAAAACAGUCCAUAUCCAGAUAUUGCGCUACCGAGACCUGCAACACUCUCUCCAUACAUUCAAAAGAAAGCGAAAAUCUAUGAUGGAAUUGACAUUUGGAUGCCAAUCGCAGACCAUUUCAAACGAAGAAUGUUUGUUGAAAUGUGGUAUGGAAUGAGUCUCGUACAAUAUUCACCAACUGAACAGGUAUUAAAUAUUGCACAUCUUGAAUUUAAUAGAGGUCUUGCAACUCCUGCAGUAGGUGGAGGUGGUGGUUAUGUCAAUAAUAUUUAUUUUGGAAGUAAAACUGAUCAUUCUAAAAUUGGAUUUCCAAUGUAUCCAGCAUAUGGAGCUAAUGCAUACAGUGCAAAUGAAAAUUAUUUCUGCACUGGUGACACUAAUAGACAUAAUGGACAAGGUGGUCGUGGAGGUGGGGCUGUAUGUUUCCAAAACCCCUAUUUAGUAUAUCAAUUCAAUCGAUUCGUUAGGGCAUAUAAUUCAAUUAAAGCAGAUGGAACUUUUUCAAAGAGAGCCGAUUCUAUCGAGUUGUUUUUGACCGUUGAUCAACCGAUUAAAUUGGAUAGACCAGUCUGGCAAAACGAUAUUUUAGUAGAGGUUAAAGAUUUUAUUGCUACCAAUCAUAUUUCAAAGCUUCCAAAACAAAUUGAAACAGUGACUGCUGCAACAAUGCCAAACGCUCACGAUCUCAACUUGGAUCUCAAAGCUCUGAGAACUUCGCACGCAAAUGUUGCGACAGCCGGUGAACAAUCGGUACUUCCAACUCCACCAGAUUUACCGGGUAUUGAUAUUCUAAACUAUGUUUCCGACGAUACCAUGUCACUUCACUAUAUUGCAUUCGACGAUAAGAUUGGAGCGGUUUGCGAAUACGAUGAUGCGCUAACCGAGUGUACCAAAGAUAAAUCGCGUGUGACCCAAAUACAGCGGGUAUUGCCAGCUGGAUAUGUUGCACCUGACUUCCCACCUGUCUACCAACAUCCCUAUGCUAACGUGGAAGCAGUUAGAAACUAUGAUUUGGAAGCCAACGAUGAUUUCAAAUUGAUGAAAUUUACCUCCACUUUCCAAACUAAACUUCCAAAUGCAAAGAGUAAGAUAUAUCAAUACAUGGUUGAUACUAGUGGUGUUAUUCUUACUCCACGUUUCGAGACACCUUUCAUAUUAAGAAUAAGUGAUGCCCUUUGUGAAGAGGAAGUUGCAUAUUUUAUGACACUUAAAUACAUUUACAAUCAAGCCGGUGCUCCAGAUAAAGCGAAAUUAAUCUAUUCAAUAGAUGAACAUCCAAACUGGGCAAAUGGUAUUAUUUUAGCUAUUUCAAAGAAACUUUAUAAUAAUUUAUUCUUUACAAAGGAUGAAAAUUUUGAUAUCUGUAUGGAUACAACAUUCAAUGUAUUUGGUAAUAUUGAAACUUAUAUUUCUACAGAUAAUGGAGAUAUGGUAAAUCCAACUGUUGAUCAAUCAAUUAGAAGAACAGCUGCUGCAGUUUGGGAUUGGAUGGGUGGAUCUAUUGCCAAUGGUGCUGCUGGAAGAGUGGAUAAAGUAGAUGAUUCCGAUUCAAUUCCUGUCACUGAUUUAUUAAAUAUUCUCAUUACUACAUCCAAAGAAGAUGGUAUCAAGUCAUUAGCUGAUUUUGCUGAUUACGUAGAUGCCGCUUACAACACCGAUAACAAUUUCCAGACAAUCUUGAUAAAUAAUUAUAUUAUCAAUCCACCAGCUCCACUUGCAGAUGUAGAUGUAGUAAUGACAAUGAUGAAAACAGACUCAAUACUUAUUCACAGAAAUAUGAAACUUUCAACUACCGAUAUUCCAACAAUACAACAAUCACCACUUCAACCAGAUGAAAGAAUAAUUAAGACUGGAAUUCAUCAAUUAUUACAAUCCUAUAUGAAGACAAUGAACGAGAGUAGUUUGGCUGCGCUAACAGUUUAUCAAUUGGAGAAAUUAGAAAAUUCAAUUGAUAAAUGGAUAACCAUUUCCAACCAAAGCCAAGCUAUCCAAACAUUAAUAUUGGAUCCAAUUAGCCAAUAUCAUAAUCAACCCAUUAAAUUCAUUGAUGAGACCAAUCGUGAUAGAUACGGUGACCAAAUAGACUUGGCAUACGAGAAAGUAGGAACAACUGGAACAAGAAUCACUUUGUUAUCUCCACUUUCUAUUGCUUCAAUAACAGGUGUUUUGGAAAGUAUAAUAAUAAGUAAAUCAACCUCAAGUGUAAAAUUUGGUGAUUUAGAAGUUUUCUAUCUUCAAAAACCAAGUUCCUAUAAUGGUGUAAUCUCCAGCGAUUAUGAUGGCAUUGUCAUUGCCACCGUAAAUUCUAAACUGUGUGAUAUAAAGAUGAUAAGUUAUAACGAUUUUACAUCAAAUAACUUUGAUUCUUUAUGCUCUGGAGUUGGACCAAUCAUUACAUCCGUAGAUAAGCUGUCUGGAUCGACUGCUGGUGGAUAUCCAAUAACGUUGAACGGUAUUAGAUUUAAUUCAUCGAUGACCAUUUCCAUUGGAGAUAACAAUCAAUGCCAAUCUUCAUUACUUUUAUCUUCAAACCAAAUGGUUUGCCAAGUUCCAAGUGGUGUUGGCUCUAAAAAUCUCAUAUACCUAUCAACUGACCAAUCUAUUUUCAAUAUCCAAAGAACCAAUUUCUUGUUCUCCUACGACAUACCAAUAAUCACAGAUAUUCAGCCAGAUAUAAUUAAUAGUUUUGGAAAUGAUUUAUUGACUGUUGUUGGAUCUAAUUUCGGUGAAGACGAAACUAAAGUACAAGUAUGGAUCGAUGAAGUCGUAGAAUGCUCUCCAAUUACUUUAGUUACAUCAUCUUCAAUCACUUGUCUUACACCACCAGCAAUUGGUGACUAUAAAACAAUUAGAGUGGUAGUCGAUAAUCAAUCUUCAAAGUUUUCCAUCAACUCUGUAGUACCACAAUCCUUUAGUUUCAGUGGACCUUCUGUUAUUGGAUUUUCGCCAAGCUCUGGCGAUCCUGGUGACACAAUCGUUAUUUUGGGUAGUGGAUUUGGAAAUGGCCUGGAACAAUUACCUAAUGUAUAUGUAGGUGAUUUCCAAGUUGAUAUCAGUAACGUUACAGACCAAUCAAUCAAUUUCGUUUUAGAUAGCAAUACUCUAAAUCAACCUAUCAUUGUCCAAGCUGGAGAUCAAUCGCUUGAAUCACAAUUCAGCUACUUGCCACCAAUAGUAACACAAUUCAAUAAUACCUUAGUAGAGACACGUGGAGGUUUAAUACAGAUUAAAGGUUUUGGUUGGGGACUUUCAUCAACCGAUCUAAAAUUCACAUUGAAUUCAAAGCCAAUCGAUUGUACUGCAUUCAACUAUUUCAUUGAGUGCUAUAUCCCUCCAGGAAUAGGAUACAAUCUCUCAAUAGCUGCAUCACUUAGCAAUCAAUCAGUUAGUAUGGGUAACAAUAACUCAGUUUCCUAUUUGCCCCCAUCGAUCACAAAUUACUAUUUAAAUUCAGGUUUUAUUUCAAUCGUUGGAAAUAACUUUGUUCCUGUUGAAUCUGGUGUAUCAUUCAAUCCAAAUUCCUCAUACAUUAAUUUAAUUUAUUCGAAUCACAAUGAAACAUGUACAUCAUUCAUAAGCAGUACAGAAGUUUCAUGUCAAUAUGUUAAUUUACCAAACUAUGUACAAAUAAUGGUUGGUGGACAACAAUCAAAUAUAUUUACUCUAUAA